CCAGCAGUCGAGACCGACGCGAGCGGCCACAUACACGCCUGCGCUGACGCUACCGAAAAAAAGAAACAAAAAUUUCAAAAAAGGAACUUAAAUUCCUUCGGAAAUUUGAAUUCCGAAAGUGAAUCGGCGACUGAGAUUUGAACUCGGAAAGUCUUGUGUGUGCGGGACCAUAGAGUUUUGUGUUCAACCUUUUUUUGCCAAAAAUAUAUUUUGUUAUAUUUAUUUUUUGGAAUAAAUCUAUUUGUUUUGGUAUUGAUAACUGGACCCGGUGGAGUGAGAGUGUGUGUAUGAAAGUGCGACGGCAUGCGAGCCUAGUUUUCACUUUCUACAGUGGGACGACCGGAACGAUGAAUCCCGUGGGCCAUACAAGUAUAUGUGCCAUACUCUGGCUGAUUGUGGCCAUCGCGGCUACAGAACCUUCAGACCAGAACACAACUACAACAGUGAAAACAGUGCGAACAACCAUACUACCAUCAAGAACAACCAGAACAGAACUAAAAGUAUCCAGAAGUCUUAACCCUCAAGACACACAAACUCUCAAUGUGAAAACUAGGACGGGGCAUACGGCCCAGCUGAUAGUGAAGAAGAGAGACGGAAGAUCGGGCUCAGGCAGUACGACAGAGGCGCCGACCACUGCCGCCUCCACGACCACGCUAGCAGACGUCAAACUGAACUUCACGACCUACGACGAUACGAAAAACAAAACGACAGAGAGCAGAGACCAAAGAAAACUCAAUAUUCUCACUCCAGCUAACAGCGAUUUAGCAGGUUUCGAUUAUUACUCAAACAAAAACAAGAAUGUAGAGGAACUAAGUGAUGUCAAAGCGGAGUACGGCAACUGGUCGCCAGUGUCCGUGUACCCCGAGUCACACAUCCAGGAAGAUGGCGGGAAACCAGAGAUUGACCCCGAAACUUCCAGUUACUACCCUACUUAUGACAACGAACGGAAAACUGAAAACAAAAAAGUAUACAUUACAUCAACGAGCUUCAUCGAUUAUGGGGGACCCAGCAAGAACUACAGAUUCGAUCCGUUCAACCCAAUGAUAAAGAACGAUAGGAACCCAGUGAACAUCGAAGUAGUGAGCACUAAAGUAUCUGAUGGUUUACCUCAGGCUAAAUCUAUCAGGAUCCCAGACCCAGUUAUGAUCAGCUCGGAACCCAUGUAUAUUAAAAAGGCUAUUGAUAAGUAUAACAAUAAGCGCGGCCGGUCAAUCUUGACGCUCGGUGAAGAUGGCAUCCCAGAGAUUCAUGGAAUAAGAGUUCCUGACGACGAAUCCGACAAAAAGACAUGGCGUAAUGCCAGAGUUGUUAACGGAGAGUUGCUUCCAUACCCAACUGGCUACAAACCUGCAAAGGCAAUCCCAGAAGCUGAUGUUUACCCUGAUAUUGCUGGAGCAGAACCGGAACAAAGUAUCGGUCCGUUUACUAAGGAAGACAACUUUGAGCCUAAAGCUGGACCUUACGGUGACGAGAACGUUGGAGUUCCGUACUACACUGCUCAAGAUUAUCCUUACGCUGAACAACACAAUCACGAUGAGAGCAAGUCCUCAUAUGGUCCGUUCACCAAAAAAGAUAAUUCUAAAGUAGCAAAUUCGAAACUGAUCGAAUACAUAAAACAAAUUAACGACCAAGAGGCAAAACGAAACGAUUACUUUAGCGGCAGAAGCUCAAGAGCAUACAAUAGAGACAUGGAAGUUGCUGAAAGUCAUAUCCAAAGACGUAUGUUACAGCAUCCUGGAGAAGUCAGUUUCCCAAACUCAGCUUUGUACACGCCUAAAAACGCUAAACCUGGAUUCGACGAAAGUGUCAGGAACCCAGUGUUACAGUACGCUCACCCGGAGCUUGGCAUUCAACCCGCUAAAGCAACUGGAGACAAUGUUGAAAGCCGGAAGGUAAAAUACUACACGACCACUGUGCCAAAAAGUGCUCAUCCUUACCCAAUGGAGCCCGUGGACGGCUACAGCCAAAGCAGAUCCCAAGGCGGCAACCAAGCAAACCGGUACUAUGAGGAUGAAUACAAAAAGUUUGCCUACUACCAGAAUGAUCACCAGCAGAAAUACCCCUACAGCUACGGAUACAUCAAGCGCACUCCAGAACCCUCUCUAUGGAAGAAGCUGACCGACUCCAUGAGGGACUCCAUCCAAAGUGCCGGAGAUGCCGUGCACAGUCUUGCUAGACCCAUAUUUGACCCCAUUGCCCGAGUGACCCAGCCUGUGUUGGACCCACUAAUGGAGGCCACCCAAAAGAUCACGCACAACCUUGGAUUCUCGAACUCGAUCCAAUCGCAAAGAUACGCUCAGGAUAAGAUUGGUAUUGCAGCUGCGGCGUCCAGCUCACCUGCUAUGUUGCCAGCUAUCGGGCUGAUGGCCGGCGGGGCCGCGCUGGGGCUGGGCGCCGUCGCCAUGGGCCGCUUCCUCGACGUGGGCCUCAUGCGCAGCGCUGACAGCGACGACUACGACGAGCUGGACAAGGAACACAAGAGAGCCCUCAUCAACGCACCCUACGACGUCGACGCCAAGUUCAUCAGCAGACAGAAGCACUACGACGACAACUACAAGAUGCCGAGUGAAAACGUUUACGUGGUCAUGUCUCCCGACAACUCUGAGGCUCGUCGGGCUAAGAGGGCUGUUGCGGGCAAUCCAUUUGAGUCUUACAGCAGUCAGAGUAACAUGCGAAGGAGGGUCAGGCGGAGUCUCCAGGACUUUGACGACAUGGAUGAAGAGUUGCAGCGCGUGGACGGGCGGCCCGGGACGCCGUCGCUGACCGCGGCCGCCAUGGACCUGGUGCGCCAGACCGACUGGCGGGACUCCCAGUGCGCCAAGUACACCUUCUGCAAGGUCCUCACCUCCCAGUCAUCAGACUCCAUCUACGUCAUGGAGAAGAAAAUGGAAUCGCUUCUAAAGUUGAUAUCCCGCGGCAGCAGCGCCAGCGCCACGGCGGUGGCCCACCAGCUCGGUGACGUCAUGGCCGCUUCAAGAGCCCACCAGUGCGACAGGUUCCAGUGUGAGAAGCACUGAUGAAGAGGACACACGACGCCCGCCCGCGAUCGAACGAAAACUUUUUGGAGAAAAUAGGUUAUAAAACUCCUUGCGUGCCGGUUUUGUUUUUAAAUUGUUUCCUCGGUGACGUAAGCUGAAUGUCUAUGAAUUACGAUAGGUAUUUUAAGGAAGUUUUAUCUUUUCUUAAUUGUCACAAGAUAAAACGAUAAUCUAAAUCUAACUUAACGGUCGAAUUGUAGAUUUACAGUCAAGUGGCGCGGCUAAAGUGUAUUGUUUCCAUCGGUGUUGUGAUUUUUGAAGGAUAUAAUUAUUUUGAUGAACGUUUAAGGCGGUCUUUGAUCGAAGAUUAUUCUACAGUGACUAAUGAAAGGAGAUAUCGCAUGCACAUGCAAUCUCAUGUGAAUGUUAGAUAAAGCGAUGUCGAUAGCGAUCGUCAUUUUUGUCAGAAUCAGUGCAAAUAAGUUAUUUUUCAGCACUAUGUUUUUCCUUUGACCAUCUAUCCGAAGUUAGAUCCCAGAAUAACAUGCACCUAUGUAAAGCCUCAUAAGGUGGAUAAUUGAGUCCCACGUUGGGCGCCAAAUUAAUUUAGGUCCCACAGUGGGCGCCAAAGUAGUUGAAAUACAACAAUGCGCAAUCUUAAACCUUAUCAGUGCUAUAUCUGACGGUGUACGGUGAUUAUGUUAUUUAGAAUCUUCUUUUCAGUAGUGGUACUACUAGCUUUCAUUACAUUUCUUUAAUGAAAUGUGUCCAGUGAUUUCUUUGAGAAAUUAUUAUUUAUUUUAUUUAAAACUACAGAUUAAGUAUUUAAAAACAUAUUUUAAUUUACAUCAUAGUACAUAACCAGGGUGAUAUGAAUUUAUUUUUUAUGGAUGACUAGCAAUUAAGUUGUUUUGAACAAUUUAAGCCAUAUAGUGAGUCGUUCCUUUUAAAAACGAAAAAAAUAUACAGAGGUGCUCCUGUUUAUCCAGGGAAUUCUUUGUUUGUUUAGCUUUAUGGUCACCCUGUGAAUUUUACUAUUUAACUUGUAUUUAUUGUUACCAAAUACUUAUUUAUUCUACUGCCCUACACGAGGCUAUUUAUUCAGGUUUAUUCAACCUUAAAUUAUUUAACUUAUUAUUAGUUAAAAGUUUUAUUAACUUAGCAGGAACAGU